UAACGAUUCACCGAUCCUCCACGUUAACGCAUUUACAACCACUAGGACAAAGGAGGUACGUAGACAGCGUCAGGCUUUAUAUCGACGCAUCAAGUAUUUAAAUAACCAAGAAACGAAAUAUUAUUAUAAUAUUUGAAACAUCGAUCGUGAAAUAUUCCAAAAUGCUACGAGGCUCCCUCGUUCUACUCAUUGUAUCAACACUGGAGUUGGUGCUCUCACAAGCCCCCGUAGACCUCUGCAAUGGUGCCAUAGACGUGGACGGAACCAGCUACAAAAGUCACGAGGAGUGCGACAAAUUCAUUGAAUGCAGCUAUGAUGCCACGGGGAAGCAGUAUGGCUGGGUGAGGCAGUGUUCCUUCGGCACCUACUGGAACAUGGACCUGCUCACGUGCGUGGCGGUGGACAAGGCGGCGUGCACGAGGGACCGGUGUGCCGGCAAGCCGGACGGGGAAAUAUAUCCGGCGGCGAACAACUGUCGUGGGUUCUGGCAGUGCGCGGGAGGUAAGUCACAGCCACAGUGCUGUGCACUGGACCAGAUGUUUGACACAGCCUUAUCGGCGUGCGUUGCAGACAAACAAAAGACAUGUAAAAGUACGUCGUGUUUUCCACGCUUUGUAGUGCCAACAAUUUGUGACAAGGAGGCGAUUCCUGGCAAACCGGGCUUUUACAACGAAGUGGUCUCAGGUUGGGGAAAGAUGGAGCGUCCGUGUGCUCCCGGAACUGGGUUUCACCAAGAGUCUUGCCACUGCCUAAAUGCCGUUGAGCUUAGUAAGGUCGUUCGUCCGUGUAAACCAGAAAUCUACCUUCCUUUUACCACCAACCAUAUGGAUGAAUCCGGAAAUGAGUUCCAUGUGAAAAAUACGAACGUCGUGGUUAGCAAUGGUAUGGCUUAUUUUGACGGAAACACCAGUCAUCUUGAGAUACCACGCUUCACGAACAUCCAGCACGGCACAACCAUCGUGAUAAACGUGAAAUAUCAGUCUAACCAUAACGUUAUACAGGGCAUGUCUCAGGCUAUUGUGGGUAACAAUGGUUGCAGCAACAUACCCACGCUGCUCAUUGCCGAGGACUCCUCGAACGUAUACAUUGGCGUGGGUACGGACAACAAGACGUUCGCGUACACUGACCUGCCACAGUUUGGUCAGGACGGAGAAACACGUGAAAUCAUGUAUAAGUUUGCCAAUGGUACGCUCUACGGGCGGAUGAGCGCUCCAACUGGCCAGAUGUCGGAAAAUUCUGUCGCCGCUCCUGGAAAUUUUCGACAGGCCCGUUGCGCUCUGCAGGUCGGAUUCGCUGACGACUUGGUGCCGUUUAAGGGCUGGAUAGACGAGCUGACAGUGUACCUUUGUGACCCUGCGCCGACAUCAGCUUAAAAUUCAGCGCAUCGCUUUUGACUUUGUUUAAAAUAUAUUUGCUUAUAUAAUAAUGAAUGUUUUAUUUAAAAUAACAUUAAAAAUGCAAAUCUAUCACGAUGCAAUUAAAGUACUCUGUCAAAUGAGAAGUCUUAUCUAUUUCGUCGUUUUUUUCUGCCUACUUUAGCAUUGUUCAAUUUAUAAUGUAGCCAUGUUUCAUUAGGAAUACGUAUUUCAUUGUGUGUUUUUUCGUAUUUUAGGCAUUUGACAUUUUAAAUAUCCGUUUUCAAUUCAGUUCAUGAAACAUUUAUAUUUUUAAUAAGAUGGCUAUUGUAUAAAUGUCAUCAUAAAUGAGCCUAUUUGAAUUUGUCUUAAGUUAUUACCAUGUUGUUAGUAGUGUUUUUGUUUGAUUUAUUGUAAUUUUAAGCCUUAAAGAUGAUUGAAAUCCUGUAUUGCACAUAAACAGUAAAUACGUCAUUUCAAAGUCGUUCAUCGGCAUGUGCAUUGUAAUAAAUUUGACAGUGUG